AUGCCGAAAAUCACAAUCAGUAACAUGACGUUCGUUGGGAACCAAGCGUGGUUUGGAGGUGGGAUGUCUGCGAACAGUGCCGAUAUAGCCCACACGCUCUUUGCCAAAAAUGGGGCAUUGCUGGACGGUGGAGCAUUGAAUCUGAUGCAGAGUGUGUCUCUGAGCGUUCUGAACAAUGUCAGCGUGCACACCAACAGUGCGGGACGAGAAGGUGGGGGUGUCUACGCCCAGGGCUAUCUUGCGCUCAUAAGUUGUCGUAUCAUUGGCAAUAUGGCGAAGGUGAAAGGCGGCGGUGUGUGGGCUGGAGCUCAGUUUCUCAUGGUGAAUUCCGAGCUACUGUGCAACGAAGCAACGAACGGGGGAGCCCUCUCGGUCAAGCAGUUCAUAGACGCCAUCGGACUAGAAAUCGAAACUGAAGAAGUGCGGCAACAGAUACCAAAGGCCCAGAAUGUCACUGAUGAAUUACAGCCGUAUCUUGAUAAAUACACCGCCGCGGAUGGGAUCACAAACACUUCGUCCACUUGGGAGGCAGUCUGGAGACCUUCCUCAAAUGACAUAGCAUCUAUUUUACCAGAACUCCUGACCGGGAAAGUCACGCUGAAGUCGUGGUUCGGUAAUGUGGUGUUCAACAACGAUGCCGUAGAGCAGUGUGAUUCUCUGGUAAGCUCAUGGGAUGCUGGCUGCCUGGACAGCCUCGUCGCCUUCGAUUCGUGUUACUGCCAUGAACAGAUAGUCGCGAGUACGGAUCCGCACACUAGCUACUCACAGCAGUUGCUGGUGACGCCGUUCUCGUGUCACCACAAAUGCGAGGAAGGCACAUUUGCCGAUAAAUUUUUGGAUACGUGCCACAAGUGCGGCACUUGCGGCAAUGGAUCUAUCAUUCAAGAAUGCACCACUGAAGCUGACACUGUGUGCGAGUGUCCCGCCGGAUACGUAGGCAACGAGUGUCAGCAUGAAUGCUUUAAGCAGCCCAUGUGUAUAGAGAGCAGCACGGAAUGUCAUCUGUACGGUAUGUUCAGCGGAGAGUGUGUUCUUCUCCUGCGCAUGCGCGUGAGAUUAUUACGGAUGUCUGAUAUGAUUAUUACGGAUGUCUGGGAUGAUUCCUUCGUUGAGGAUGGCUUGUGUCAACUCUGUUCGACAUGUUCGAGUCUUUCAGUACAGGCGGCUGAUGAGAAACCAGGCGCGUUGACUUGUGAAAUCGAUGGCGCAUCGUGCGAGACCGUACUGACUGCUAGCACUAAGCGAAAUCCCCCCAGCGGGCGUGUUGUGAAAGAGUGCACCCAGUAUUCAGAUGCCACGUGCCUAUGUGUCGAUGGCUUCACAGGAGUGCAAUGUACAAACAGGUGCUCGUAUCCUCCUGGAGCAGCGUCCCUGGAAGAUCCAUACAACAUCCUGCGAUGUAAAUGGAAUAGAACCGACACCGCUUGGGGAGUUUCAGCCCAAUCGUGCUACGAUGGUUUCUACAUAGAUCUGGUAUCCGAUGAUGGAGAGACCUACUACUUCCUCCAGUGCAUUCCCUGGACAAUAUGCAAACCGGGAGAAAUACAAUCCGUCUUGCCUGACCAUUAUACGGACCGGGACUGCUCGGCACAACUCAACGUCACGUUCUACUUUGCCGACGGCUGGCCUCCACUCAAUGAGAGCGAAAUCUCCCAACUCAGCAAAACCUGGUUUGGAACCAGUCAAGUACCGUUUAUCCUUGCGGACAUUAGCGAUCAACCAACGGCGUUUCGGCGGCAGUCCGAUGGAUCGAAUUUGACCGGCACCUACCAGAAUUUUAUCAUGCCCAUUGAGGGCCAAAAGGAAAUCAUGCAAACGAGAGCAAAGGAACCCGAGAUGUUUCUCGACAGGGGAAUCUAUUUGUUAAUGGUCAACGGCGAACAUUUUGUGGUUGAGUAUAUUGAAGGCUUCCAACUCAGCGCAGGGGCCAUUGCCGGUAUAGCCGUGGGCUGUGUGUCUGUUGUGGCGCUGGUAGCCCUGCUCUUCUGGUUUCUUUACAAACGACAUCGGCGAAUCGAAAGCAGGAUGCAGGAGAAAAUGAACAACAUCGCCAAAACACUCUUCAAAAGGGGUGGCUCUGUUAGUAGCGAGGCAGUUUUGCGAGAAAUGCAGAAGUCGGCCAAACCAAUCGAUCGUGACAGCUUCACCAUCCUGGAGUGUAUCGGUUCGGGUCAAUUCGGCACAGUCAACAAGGGCGUAGUUUUCCUCGAGAAUCAAUCAUCAAUAUGCGCCAUUAAGGUUACCAAAAUGGAUUCGGGUGAUGACAUAUUGAAAGAAGCAGGAAUUAUGCAAAGUUUUACGCAUGCCAAUGUGGUUAGAGCAUUCGGCCUGUGCUCGGACAGUGGCGACAUUUUUCUCUUGCUGGAGUUCUGUGAUUUGGGUGACGCACAACACCAUCUGGCGUCACUUUCACAGUCCGAUCCGGUCCCUAUGCGAAUCAAAAUCAUGAUUCUCGAGCAGGUCGCCUGCGGUAUGAAGUACUUGGAUGACAUGAAAAUAGUACAUCGCGAUAUAGCGGCUCGAAAUGUGCUGCUACAGACACCCAACUCACACAACAGUGUGGUUCGAUAUAAAGUAUGCAUUGCGUACUUUCUUCACAAUGCAUUUCUUUGCAGACCGCCGCGAGCGAAGGUGUCCGAUUUGGGACUCGCGCGAGAACUGGACGAACAUUCGCAGUACACAAAAACAUCACAAAGUGCACAGCUACCUGUCAGGUGGAUGGCUCCGGAGAACAUCAUGGACUUCAAGGCAAACCAGGCCACUGAUGUCUGGGCCUUUGGCAUCACCGCUUGGGAGAUUCUAUCCAAUGGGAUGAUGCCAUUUGAAAGCUUGAAGAACAAGGAGGUGAUAGUGCUCUUGACCAAUCCAAAUUUAAACAUCAGCACCUAUCUGAUGAAGCAAGAUCACUGGAGCGACGACAUUUAUAGGAUAAUAUUAGAUUGCACCGCUUUUGAACCGGACGAUAGGCCGUCAUUUGAUAUGCUCAUAAAUGAUUUUACGAGGAUCGUGAGAAAUUUGGGCCGCUUGACUGUCGAUGAAAAGAACGACCUUAUGACCUACAACGAGAAUAUAAAGUGCAAGUUCACAUGGAUGAUGGGAGAUGGCGAUGUCAAUGCCUUAGUACAUGCGACAACCAAGAGAAUGAUUGCACAGAGGAAUUCGAUCGACAAUACAGUCUAUACCGAGCUACAACAGCCAGUAUCGAGACCGGACAGCACAGCCGAGGAAUGUGAGAGACUACCUUCUCAUUAUAGCCUUGGUGUAGAGAAUGAUCAAGAAUCAACACAACGCCUCGGUAGUUCGGCGAACCUGUUUGAUUAUAGACCGUUAAGGAGCACUCCAAGCAGUCACAGUUCCGAUGUGAUCUAUAACGAGGAGGCAUCAUCAGCUCGGGUGGUGAACCCUUAUUUGGACUUGAAUGCGAAAUCAAAUGAUUGACGCAUCGGUUAACUCAUCAAAUAGCGAAUGGACAAGAUUCGCAUCUAGACUAAAUUAGAAAAUCUAAAUUGAGUGGAGCUGGCAGUUUGUGGAUUGCACUGUGUGCCUUGCAGCAUUAAACCAAUAGAUAAAAUGUCAGCAUUUUGAUACCAUCUUACAUGCUGAUCGACUCUCGCCAAAAAUUAUAAUUGCACAGAGGUGUGUUCCGGAAUAAUUACACGUAAUGCUGUAUGUCCGUUAUAUCACCCAGUAAAUGAUUAGCCCCUGAAACGUCACAGCCAAAUCGGGCAUAGUUUGACUUAAACCGAA